AUGUAUCCCGCAGAACAUCUACAGCCGACCCUGCACUCCCACGUCAACGAGCAAAUGGUCCCGUGUAAUGACAAUAAGUGCAUAUUCACACAAGUCGGUGGACAUUUCCAACCACAAAGGGAAUACUCCUCAUUCUCACUCGUUUAUUCUACAAAAUCUGACGCAGCUAAUUUUAUCGUUCCCAAACAAUUGACUCCCGUCCAUGGACUCUUCGUCAAGCCAUCUGAGGACGGCACCACAGGAGAUUUGUACGUAGCGGCGUCGGAAGACAGCGGCGUAGACUCGCAAUGGCUGACAGAACAUCCCAUCAACUUUUUACCGGCCUCCACUCAAGCUCAGAAAACUGUAGUUACAAGUCCACCUGUCAAAUACGCAUAUGCACUUCCUAUUCCAGGCAUGCCUGAUACGAAAGGUUUUAGUCCAUAUCCAUUUGGGUUAUAUGCCCCUCAUAAUUAUAAAGCAGCAGAAGAGUCGCAAUGUCAGUUGGAAGGUUUAAUGCCACCAACAAGUUUACCUGCGUACCCUUAUCCAUUCUAUUACCCACAUAUGAUGGCAGCGCUAACGGCUACAUUAAACCCACACAAGGAGGAGGAAAAUGAUGGCGCUUCAAGAGAUGCAUUACCAAUACCACAACAUUGGCCGGGUUAUGCAUAUCCAUAUCAAUAUAUUGUGCUAGAUCCCGCUGCAUGGGCACAGACCCAAACCACAACAACUGGAAAAAUAACAACUGAAGAGGCAGAGGAUGACUAG